CUCCAGCUCAUCGAUCUAUUUUCAAUCCGGGCCCCGUCAACUCCUAUAUGAUAACUAGCUGAGCAUUCCCUACCCGUCCCUUUUCCUCUCCCGUGUUAAAGCAAACGCUCGUUCGAAGUUCGUCGUAUCCUUUUCCUCAUCAUCAUGGAGGAGGUCUACGUCUUCGGCGACCAGACGGCCGACUGUCGGUCGUUCUUCACCAAGGUCUUCACUAGAAAGGACGAUGUUGUUCUACAGGCCUUCCUAGAAAGAGCUGGUGAAGCCGUCAGAGUCGAAAACAAGAACCGAUCCCAUCCUUCAAAAGCAGUUCCUAGUUUCUCAACCAUCCAAGAAUUAGUCGAUCGUUAUUACAGAGGCGAUGCCAAAGAUGCCGCCAUUGAGAGCGCUCUCGUUUGUAUUUCACAGUUCACGCAUUUCAUUGGUGCUUUUGAGGAGCGAACACCUUCAUAUAUCCCUCAUAAUGCAGACGCACGUCUAGUCGGUCUAUGCACUGGCUUAAUUGCAGCUUCAGCCGUAGCCUCGGCAGAUUCAUUAACAGCAUUGCUCCCAUUGGCCGUCGAGUCCGUCCGAAUUGCCUUCAGAGCGGGUGCCCAUGUUGGAAGAGUGGCAGAGCAGAUCGAGGGCGACUCGAAAACGGGGUCAUGGUCCACCAUUGUUGCAGCGGAUGAGAAGUCUGCUCAGGCGGCUUUGGACGCGUUCCACAAGGAGAAGAACACACCACCGACGAGUAGGUUAUGGAUCAGUGCAUCUUCAGCAACCUCGGUAACCGUCAGCGGCCCUCCUUCCACCAAGGCGAGCCUUUUCGAGGACUCCGAAUUCUUCAGAACCCACAAAAACGCUCCCGUAUCAAUAUAUGCACCUUACCACGCCUCACACCUUCACUCACAGUCGGACAUCGAAAAGAUCCUGCGACCACAGACCAAGGCCAUCUUCGGCAAUACUACCGUGAGAUUUCCCGUCUGCUCCAGCGUGACAGGCCGACCGGUUGAAGCUCAGAAUGGAUACGAGCUUCUGCAAAAUGCUCUGAAAGAGGUUGUGAUUGAGCCACUGAGGUGGGACAAGGUCUUGAAGUACUGUGCUUCUGGAAAGCCUGCAGAGGCAAAGGUUUUCGCUGUGGGCCCAACCAAUCUUGCCAGCAGUGUUGUCUCGGCUCUCAAAGCGACUACUCCCAAAGUGACACUUGAAGACCAGUCUCACUGGAGCACAGUGGCUCCGGCCGGUACCCAGCACUCAAAGCGGGAAGCUGAUAUUGCGAUUGUUGGCUACUCUGGCCGUUUCCCUGAUGCUGCAGACAACGAGCUCUUCUGGCAACUCAUGGAGAAGGGUUUGGAUGUUCACCGACCAGUUCCUCCCGAUCGGUUUCCCGUUGAUUCUCACACAGACCCCACUUCGAAGAAGAAGAAUACAUCUCAUACACCAUUUGGCAAUUUCAUUGAGAAGCCCGGUCUAUUUGACGCUCGGUUCUUCAACAUGUCUCCCCGAGAGGCAGCUCAAACCGAUCCCAUGCAGAGACUGAUGCUCGCAACUGGAUAUGAAGCAAUGGAAAUGGCAGGUAUCGUUCCUGGCCGAACCCCUUCCACCAAGCACGACAGAAUUGGCACUUUUUACGGUCAGACCUCCGACGAUUGGCGUGAGGUCAAUGCAGCCCAGGAUAUCGAUACAUACUUUAUCUCUGGCGGUGUGCGUGCCUUUGGUCCUGGUCGUAUCAACUACUUUUUUAAGUUCUCUGGUCCAAGUUUCUCGGUUGACACUGCUUGCUCCUCAAGUUUUGCCGCUAUCAACGUUGCAAUCACCUCCCUGAGAGCAAACGAAUGUGACACUGCUUUUACCGGCGGUGCUAAUGUCCUGACGAACUCGGACAUUUUCUCAGGUCUAAGCAGAGGCCAUUUCUUGUCAAGAACCGGUUCUUGCAAAACCUGGGAUAACGAUGCAGAUGGUUACUGCAGAGGCGACGGUGUUGCUACUGUCAUCAUGAAGCGUCUGGACGAUGCUCUGGCUGAUCGGGACCCGAUUUUGGGUAUCGUCCGUGGCAUUGGCACCAACCACUCUGCUGAGGCCGUGUCCAUCACACAUCCUUGUGCCGAGAACCAGUCUUUCUUGUUCGACAAGGUCUUGAAAGAGUGCAAUGUUCCUUGCAACGAUGUCAACUACGUCGAAAUGCACGGCACGGGUACUCAAGCUGGUGAUGGUAUUGAAAUGGAGUCAGUCACUUCAGUCUUUGCUCCUCGCAUAAACCGCAGGCGCCCUGACCAGCCCCUGUACGUCGGUGCAGUCAAGUCUAAUAUCGGUCAUGGUGAAGCCGUCUCGGGUGUCUCUGCACUAAUCAAGGUUCUUAUGAUGCUCCAGAAGAGCAAAAUCCCGCCCCACACGGGUAUCAAAAAGCAGAUGAACGUGAAUUUUGCACCUGACUUGAAGGAGCGAAAUGUGAACAUCGCUUUCCAGACCACACCAUUCCUUCGACCUGCUGGAGGAAAGCGAACUGUGUUUAUCAACAACUUUAGUGCUGCUGGUGGUAACACAGCUAUGCUCAUGCAGGAUGGUCCUGAAGUUCCAAAGGAGCCUACACCAGAUCCACGCUCGACCCAUGUCGUCACAGUAUCUGCUAAAUCGCUUGCUGCAUUCAAGAAAACACUGGCUAGAUAUGAUGCCUAUCUUGCCAGCAAUCCUAAUGUUGGUCUUUCUGAUUUGGCCUACACCCUGACAGCCCGCAGAGCACACUACAACUACCGUGCCGCCUUCCCAGUGCAAUCGAUUGGCCAAUUGCAACAGUCCCUGAAAGCGAUUGCUGAUCAAACUCACAACCCAAUUCCUCUUGCCUCCCCACAGAUCGCCAUGGCUUUCACUGGACAAGGAUCGCAAUAUUCAGGAAUGGGCCAGAAGCUUUUCGAGACCUCCAAGCAAUUCCGCGCAGACAUUGAGGAAUUCAAUGAGAUUGCUCUCCGCCAGGGUCUCCCAUCCAUCAUGCCCCUCAUUGAUGGGUCCACCGAAGUCCAACACCUUCCUCCCACCGUUGUUCAGCUUGGGAUGUGCUGCGUUCAAAUGGCGCUGACUCGUCUGUGGGCUACCUGGGGAAUCACCCCUAGCGUUGUCAUCGGCCACUCACUUGGUGAAUAUGCUGCUCUUCAAGCUGCAGGUGUUCUUUCCGUCGCCGACACCAUCUAUCUAGUCGGCAAGCGUGCUCAAUUGCUUGAGCAGAAGUGCACUGCCGGUACACACGCCAUGCUGGCAGUCCGAUCUCCAGUUGCUGGCCUCCAAGACGUUGUUGCCAACAGCCAGGGCAAGAUCGAAAUUGCUUGCAUUAACGGUGUUUCCGACACUGUCCUUUCUGGAACCAUGGCAGACAUUGACGCUGUUGCUCAGAAAUUGGCCGACGCUGGCCAGAAGUGCACGAAACUAAAGUUGCCAUUCGCUUUCCACUCUUCUCAAGUGGACCCAAUUCUAGCAGACUUUGAGAAAUUGGCCUCCCCAAUCACCUACCACGCACCUCGCGUCCCGGUGAUAUCGCCCCUUCUCAGUGACGUUGUCAGCGUUGGAGGUGUCUUUGAUGCUUUCUACCUGAGCAGACAUUGCCGCAAGACUGUUGACUUUGUUGGUGGUCUCUCGUCAGGAAUGUCUACUGCCACCAUCAGCGAGACCACUCUCUGGCUCGAGGUCGGUGGCCAUCCUCUGUGCGCAAGCAUGAUAAAAUCGUGCUUGUCGGUCCCAACCCUGGCCACCAUGCGUCGGGAUGAGGACCCGUGGAAGAUCAUCUCUACUUCCAUGGCUGGUCUGUACACGGCUGGUAAGGCUCUCAACUGGGAUGGAUUCCACAAGGAAAACCAGUCUCUUCGUGUCUUGAAUGACGUUCCUUUCUAUGGCUACGAUGAGAAGAACUACUGGCUGCAAUACACCGGCGACUGGCUUCUCUACAAGGGUAACUACCCCAAGGCCAUCGCACCAGCACCUGCUACCGUCAGUUCGGCAGGUCCUGCCAAAGCACGAAAGUAUCUCUCGACAUCAGUUCAGGGCAUCGUCUCUGAAGAAGUUCAGGGCAAGACUGUCACGCUCGUUGCGGAGUCUGACUUCUCUCACCCCAAGUUGUUCCCAGUCGUCGCUGGCCACUUGGUCAAUGGCAGCGGCCUCUGCCCGUCGACGCUCUAUGCAGACAUGGCUUACACACUGAUCAACUAUGGUGUCGAACUCCUGUCGCCUGGCGAGAAGGUCGAUAUCAACAUUGGUACGAUGGACAACCCAGCACCUCUUCUUCUCAAGAACAUCAACCAACCAGAGUCUCAAAUUGUCCGCAUGACCAUGUCAAUUGACAUGAAAGCCCGCAAGGCCGACUUCGCCGUUACCACCAACAACGGAAAGAAGGAUGUCGUUCAUGCCAAGUGUGUCAUUCAAUUCGAGGACGCAGCAGUAUGGAAGGAAGAGUGGAACAAGACCUCCUACCUCAUCCAGUCCCGCAUCGACCUCCUGAAGCACAAAAUGGAGAAUGGCGAAGCCGACAAAGUCAGCCGACCCAUGGCCUACAAGCUCUUCGGAGCACUGGUUGACUACUCUGAUGUCUUCCAAGGCAUGCAAAGUGUGAUCUUUGAUGGCCUGGAGUUCGAAGCAACCAGCAACAUCAAGUUGCGAGCUGGACCAAACGAGGGUGAUUUCUACUUCAGCCCUUACCACAUCGACAGCGCUUGCCACCUUUCUGGCUUUACCGUCAACGCCACUGUCAACCGCAUGGAAGAGUGCUACAUCUCUCACGGAUGGUCUAGCCUUCGCUUCAUCGAGCCUCUCAAACACGACAAGCAAUACUUUGCCUACGUGAAGAUGCAGCCUGUCGCGGGAAGCAAGAUGAGGGCCGGUGAUGUCUAUGUCUUCAAUGAGAACAAGGAAGUCAUUGGCGUUGCUGGUGCUGUCCGCUUCCAGUGCAUUCCACGCAAAUUGAUGGACGUGAUGAUGCCCAAGCCCAAGGCUGUUGCUGGUGGGAAGACUACUUCCUCUGCUCCUGCAGCCAAGACUGCCGCAUCUCCAGUCGCCGCAGCACCUUCCCCUGCCGCCGCUCCAACUCCCAAGGCCAAGACACCCAAGGUGAAGGCACCCAAGGUCAAGGCUCCUGCACCCCCCAAGGCUUCCUCAGGUAGCAUCGCAGUCCGCGCUUUCGACAUCAUUGCCAAGGAAAUCGAUGUUGAUCAAUCCGAGCUUAACGACGACAUUCAAUGGGCCGAUAUGGGUGUCGACAGCUUGAUGUCUUUGACCAUCUCCGGUAAAUUCCGUGAGGAUCUCGACCUCGAGGUUGAAAGCACUCUGUUCACGGAUUAUGCCUCUGUUGGCGCCCUUCGCAAACAUCUCGGUGGCAUGUCUGCACCUGAAACAGCCACUGGCGGCGAUGCAAGCUCUGUCGAGUCCACCGACUCGGGAUCUGAGAGUGAUGAUGACACCGUCGAAUCUGGCAUCACUACUCCUGACACUGAGGACUUCCCCAGCAAAGCAGGCGAGCACGGCAAGUCCGCCGCUGUUGAGGCUGUUGCUCAGGCACCGACUGCAUCGGCCGAUGGAGGUGACAUGAUCGAGACUAUUCGGGUUGUCAUCGCCCAGGAAAUGGAGAUGGACCUUGCUGAGAUUACUGAGACUACUGAUCUCAGCAAUCUUGGUAUGGACUCUCUGAUGGCUUUGACCGUGUUGGGCAAGCUCCGUGAGGAUCAUGAAAUCGAUCUCGACCCAACCAUCCUGGCGGACAACCCAUCUUUGGGCCAUCUGCGAAAAGCACUUGGCCUUGAGAAGCAGAAGGCUGCCCCUCCUCCAGCCCCUAAGCCAGAGGUGAAGCAAAAUAUCAUUGUGGCUCCAGCUGCUCCCCCCGUUGAGGUGGUCGUUCAGAUGCCUCCAGCGACUUCCGUCUUGCUUCAGGGCAACCCAAAGACAGCCACCAAGAACCUCUUCUUGUUCCCUGAUGGAUCUGGAUCUGCCACUUCUUAUGUUUCGAUCCCGGCCAUCGAUAGCAAGAACUUGGCGGUCUAUGGUCUCAACUGUCCUUUCAUGAAAGACCCUACCAGCUACACAUGUGGCAUUGAAGGCGUCUCCAAGCUCUACAUGGAAGAAGUGAUGCGCCGACAGCCUGUUGGGCCAUAUAUCUUGGGUGGUUGGUCUGCUGGUGGAGUCGUCGCGUACGAAGUCACCCGACAAUUCGCGGACCUCCAGAAGGCCCAUCCAGACAAGAACUACCAAGUUGAGAAGCUGAUUCUGAUCGACUCGCCUUGCCCGAUCAGACUCGAGCCUCUUCCUGCACGUCUUCACCACUUCUUCGAUGAGAUUGGUCUAUUGGGAACUGGUACUGGCAAGACGCCUAAUUGGUUGUUGCCUCAUUUCGAGUACAGCAUCAAGGCCUUGACAGCAUACCGUCCAGAAUUGAAGUCGACCCGUGACUUCAAGGCACCACCGACCCUGCUCAUCUGGGCAACUGAUGGUGUCUGUGGCAAGCCUGGUGACCCAAGACCACCGCCACAAGCCGAUGACCCCAAGAGCAUGAAAUGGCUCUUGGAAAAUCGAACAGACUUUGGACCCAACGGAUGGGACAAGCUCUUGGGCGCCGAAGUCUGCAAGAUGGUCACCGUCAAUGGCAACCAUUUCACCAUGAUGAAACCACCAGUGGCCAAAGGUGUUGGUCAAUUCAUCCGUGAAUCUCUCAUCUGAAGGGAUACGGAUCGUGUAUACGCCACGUGAUAGCUGAUAGAAGGGAUGGGCGAUUGGAAUUGUGUAUGGAUAUAGACUCGGGUUUUUCACGACUUCCUUUGAUCUGAUUGCUCGGAACAAAAACAUGGUAUAUACUCAAGGGACCUUUGCUAGCGUUCUUCGCCACUGUUUGUCGUACAUGGCAUUUUCAGAAGCGUUUUUGGGACUGGGAAAUUUUCCAGAUUGUCAAUUGGAAAGCCUUGUUUUUCAAAGGCAGGCGUUGCAUGGGAUGAAUUUAUCUGGAUUGGAAUUCGGACUGGCGAGCGGGAGUGCUGUGAUAUUAUGGAUGACUGUUUAUUGUUUGUGAUUGCUUUUUCCCUACAUGUCUUUUGCUUGUUCUCUCAAGAGGCAUCAUUGAGAGACACAGCAUUCGACCACCUCAACAAUCAUUGUUACCUAUCACUAUGUCAUUCAUAGCUUUUGAGAUUCCUAAUACGUAUCAUUUUUGACAUGA